GAGAUCACCUGUGUCCCAUGCAAGCCGUCGGCAUCGUCGUAUCGGCGGAGUACUGCCCGAUCGCGGCUCUUCUCGGUGAUAGCAUCGACGACUCGUCGGUCAUCGGCGGCUGCGCGUCUCCUCCUUCCCGCCUCGCCCUCGCCACGCUCGACGUGGACUUGCACUGCAGGGCCGCGAUUGAUGCUGAAGCUGUGACUUCUCCGCGUCCGUCAAAGCGCGUGUGCCGCGGCCUGGAGACGCCCUCGAGCCCGCAGCUCUCGCAGAUGGCCCUUCUGCUAAACAGCGAUAUCGGGCCGGGCCUCCUCAAAACCCUCUUCUUGAAAGCGGCGCCGCCGCCUCUGCCGCCGAUCCAGAUCAAGCUGGGGGCUCACCCGGCGCCCAGCGGGUCGCGAAAGGACAAGCCGCAGCGAUGCUCGCGAUGCGGCGGCCUCGGCCAUAAGGCGAGGACCUGCAAGCACAGCAGCUCAGGCGUGACCGCCGGUGUGUAGCCAGAGCUCCGCUGAGCUGUGGCGCCGGCGGUGCCGCAGCUCCGCAGGCCCGCGGGCCAACCCAUAACGUCUCGGGCUAUCAUAUGCGCGCACCCACGGUGUCUCACCGCUGCAGCGGUGUGAGUCCCAGGCAGGGUCAUGUCGACGCCAUCCAGGCAACGUGUAUGAGCCGCCCCCACAUGUAGAGAGGAUUAGUUAGAGUGUGUUUGCACUGUGGCACACACGCUGACGCAUUCCAUGCUUAGUCUAGACGGCCGUGAACGUUUGUUUCUUCAUUGUAUAAUGUCAUUUGAGUGAUGUUCUC